AUGUCUCACCAGAACGUCGGCACUUCCCACACGAGCUUGACGACAGAGAGAAGCAGUUGGAGUCUAAGAAAGACCGUGGUGACUGUCGCCGACGAGCUUCCGUUCGGCGAUGGUCGCGUCCAGCUCGUGAGCCUGCUCAACGCAGCGGUCGCGGCGGCGGUAUACAUACUACACUACGAGAGCUUCAGGAUCACCGCCGGCGUCAUGGACCACUGGUGCCGUCGCCCCGAGGAAUUCGCCAACCUCAGCGUCAAGCAGUGGAAGGCGCUGGCCAUUCCCGUCGACGAGGACGGCGUCUACAGCCGCUGCACCGUGCGCGAGCCGCCUUUCGACGGCGCGAACAACCGGGUCGUUCCCUGCGCUUCCUGGGAGUUCGACCUGGACAAGUACGGGAACAACAUAGUCAGCGAGUGGGCGCUGGUCUGCGACCGAGCGUGGCUCAUCACGCUAGCCAGGCUCGUCUACGCCGCCGCCUGCAUCGUCUCCACGCCGCUGGUGUCCAGGCUCGCAGACCGCGUCGGUCGCAAGCUGAUCGUUUUCAGCAUCAUUCCGGUUGUGCUCAUUACAGGCGUCGCCAGCGCCAUCCCGAACGACUUCCAAUUUUUCGUCACCGUCCGCGCCGUCGUGUCGGCGGCGACUAGCAGCACCGUGCCGCCGGUGUUCGCGAUCCUCUGGGAAUUGAGCCCGCCGCACAAGGCGCCCUUGUACUGCGUCAUCUCCAUUCUAGUCACGGUGGUCGUCGCCGACAGCGCAGUGUCGGCCGCGGAAGCGCUCAAGACCGGCUGGGCCACGCUUCAGCUAUUCCUCAUGGUGCCGACGUUGCUGCUGGUCGUGCUGUACUACACCUUGGAGGAGUCUCCGAAAUGGCUCGUGGUCAACGGCCGCAUGGGAGAAGCCGAACGGAUAUCGGUGGAACUGGCGAAAUCCAACGGAGUGACCGCGACUCGCUGCCGCGAACUGUUCGCCCUGCGAUUCAGGACGCGGCCGCAAGAUGCGGCAGAGACGGACAGCUACGUCACCAACGACGGAAUACCCGUGAGUGGCCCGGUAAAGCUUAUCUCCGCUGCCACGUCCCUCAGCGUGUGCCUCUUGUUCACACGCUGGGUGCUUCAUUACGGGCCCAAACGCACCGUCGUCGUGAACGGGCUCGUCUUCAGCGCCUCGUUGGCCGCCAUGACUGCCACUUCCGCGGAAGAAGAGACGGUCCUACGCAACGUGUUCAUCGUCCUCAUAAAAGUGAGCGGCUACAGCACCCUGUCAAAUUUCGGCGUGUUGACCCUCCAGCUGUAUCCCGUCACUGCACGUUGCGUUGCCUUAGCCAUCGCUAUCGUCUGCAGCCGUGUGGCCGACACCUUGGCGCAGAUGAGCACCGCUCUCAUCGGGACUAGGUGGCACACGGGAAAUGGCCUCGUCAUCGCCGCUGUGACAAUCGCGCUGUUCGUGAUAGCCGGCGAGUACCUUCCCGACGAGAACAGGACGGGUACUUCAACCGUGCCGCCAACUCCCAGGCACAGCUCGGCAGGCGAAGAACUAAGGCGGGCUCUUCGGGAGAGUCUCCAGCCGCUGCACAUUAAACGCGCGAAGCAGGGUGACAGAAAGGAGCGUCAAAAUUCAUCAAAAAUUCUGCGUCAGACUUUGGUGUACCGAUCGUCCUUUGCCGAAGAUCAUUGA